UUUCCUCACAAUCGUCUGAGAAUGAGCAGAGCAUUCCUCCUGCUGCCGGCUCUCCUAAUCGGGGCUCACAGCUUUCACAUCUUGAAAAAAGACAAAUCUAAAAACCAUCAGGAGAUCACGUACACGGCCAUCCUGAGAGCUACUAAAAACAUCUGCAUGAAAGCCGAUGCAAAGUUUCAAGAGCCUAAAACACUAGAUCCGAAGGCGCUGGCAAAGGCCUGCAGAAAAGAGGCUUUUGGAAGUAACUUUGAAUUGGGCAUUAAAAUGAUCACCUACCACAAUGUGAUGACAGACCUGCAGCAUGCGUCCGAUGAGGAGUUUCACUUCGACAGUGAAAGAUUUAAAGAUGGAAAGCAGCUUAUUACCAGCGGAUUAAAAAACAUUGAAGACUCCAUAAUGAAAAAUAAGUUUGAUGACGCGAGAGAGAGACUUGGGCAAAUCAUGCACACUUUACAGGAUUUCUACAGCCACAGUAACUGGAUUGAGUUGGGAUACACCAAGCCCUGCACUGCCCUCAUUAAUCCAGAUGAUAAAUUACCCAACCUUGCAGAUAAGGCGACUAAAACAUGUGAGGAAAGUUCAGGAAAAACCUCAAACGGAGCAAAGUUGCUCAAGUCCAUUAUUGAGAAGAAGAUUCUGACAUCGGGGUACUUUGGAGGAUCAAAGCCAAGUGGAAAGUGCAGCCAUGGAGGUACUUUGGACUUCACAACCGGCUUUGGAAAAGGCGCUGAUGGCAUAAAUAAAGACUAUGAUGGAUCCAGUCAUGGAAAGGAUCACAAUAAAGCCUCGGAAGUCGCUAUCGCUGCCACCGUGGAGCUGCUGGACAAAAUCUGGAAGAGUGUAAACCAAGCAGACAGGUUUUUCAGCCUGGUUGGACUCCAAAAGGACACACCAUCGGGAGAAAUGAAAACCUACAUUCCGUUCAUUGACUUCAAGUCAAGAUAUAAAGAUGCAAAUCAGGUCAAUAUUAACAUUUAACUGCUCAUUUACAGAGCAGAUGCUACUCCUUUACAAAUCUGAUCACUCUGAUGGUUUACGACAGGGGUCACCAAUCUCGGUCCUGGAGGGCCGGUGUCCCUGCAGGGUUUAGCUCCAACUUGCCUCAACACAUCUGCCUGGAUGUUUCAAGUACACCUAGUAAGACCUUGAUUAGCUUAUUCAGGUGUGUUUGAUUAGGGUUGGAGCUAAAAUCUGCAGGACACCGGCCCUCCAGGAACAAGUUUGGUGACCCCUGGUUUACGACAUUGAUGAUGAUAAUAAAUAAAUAUUUCUUGAGCAUCCAA